AAUAAUAUCUAAAUAUUAUCCUUACAGACGAAACAAACGACCAAGACCAACUUGUUUCAUAUGUCUCUUCUACUUUAGACAAUUUUGAUCUCAGUUUUCUCAAUCGCCUCUUCUAGACGUAGACCCGUAUCGAUAUGGCGAAUUAUGAAACGAUACUAGAUCAUCUGAAGAAGGAGAUUCCACUGGACGAAAAAGAAUCUCUUGUUUUGAAUCGAGACUCGAGCGUUGGUCUUGUCAUCGUUGACGUUGUUAAUGGCUUCUGCACAGUUGGCUCAGGCAAUAUGGCUCCAACACAGCCUAAUGAACAGAUAUCGAAGAUGGUAGAGGAAAGUGCAAAGCUUGCUAGAGACUUCUGUGAUCGGAAUUGGCCGGUUUUUGCGUUUAUUGACUCUCAUCAUCCUGAUAUACCUGAGGUCCCUUAUCCUCCUCAUUGUAUUAUAGGAACUGAGGAAUCUAAACUUGUUCCUGCUCUCCAGUGGCUUGAAAGUGAGGAUUGUGUCACUCUUAGGAGGAAGGAUUGUGUUAAUGGGUUUGUGGGUUCGAUGGAGAAAGAUGGUUCUAAUGUUUUUGUUGAUUGGGUUAAGGAAACACAGAUCAAAGUUAUUCUGGUUGUAGGUAUAUGUACGGACAUAUGUGUGUUUGAUUUUGUGGCUGCUGCGCUCUCUGCUCGAAACCACGGUGUUCUUAGUCCUCUAGAAGAUGUGGUGGUGUAUUCGCGUGGCUGUGCUACUUUUGACCUUCCUCUUCAUGUUGCUAAAGACAUCAAAGGCGCUCAGGCUCAUCCGCAGGAUUUGAUGCACCAUGUAGGUCUAUACAUGGCUAAAGGAAGAGGGGCUAAGGUAGUCUCUGAAAUUUCAUUCGAGACUUAAAAUACACUAUCUCGUAUAUAAAAACAUAACAUUUCUUUUCAGUAAUUUAUUGAGUAUGCCUCUUUUUUUCUUGUAAAAUUGGUUAUGAAGCUUGUUUUCUGAUGAAAUCAACUCGUGUAACUGUUUCAGAAUGCAAAUAAUAUGAUUUCUCAUCUGUCUAAAUGAAA